UGUAAAUAUACCGGAAAAUAACAAGACCACCUUGCUCGAGACGGGUUCGUUGGCCUAUUAGUGAUACUAUAAAUCCACUAUCAUUUAUUUUGGGAAUUAAUAAUGGAAGCUACGUUAAAGAAAGAAUUGGGCUCCGCCAUGAUUAAAGCAACUGGUCACUCGGGAGGAGGAUGUAUCAGCGAGGGCCAGAGUUAUGAUACUGACACUGGGAGAGUUUUUGUGAAGAUAAAUCACAAGAGCGAGGCCAAAUUGAUGUUUGAUGGGGAGAGGGCCAGUUUGGAAGCCAUUUUAAAGACAGAAACUGUUAAAGUCCCCAAGCCUGUGAAGGUGGUUGAACUUGACACUGGAGGAUGUGUAUUUGUGAUGGAGCAUCUGGACAUGAGAGGUCUUACCAAGUACUCAAAGCAACUAGGCGAACAGCUGGCAGAUCUGCAUCUUCACAACAAGAUACAAUUGGAAAAAAUACAUAAAGAGCAGCAGACUGUCGGAAAAAGAGCAGGACAAUCAGAGGGGGCGGUUGUUGAGAAAUUUGGCUUCAGUGUACCUACAUGCUGUGGAUAUCUAUCCCAGGAAAAUGAGUGGCAGGAUGACUGGGUGAUGUUCUACUCCCAGCAGAGAUUGCAGCACCAGCUUAACAUGGUUGAGAAAUCUUAUGGAGACAGGGAGGCCCGAGAGCUCUGGGCCAAGCUUCAGCUAAAGAUCCCUCAGUUUUUCACAGAUAUGGUGAUUGUCCCUGCUCUUCUCCAUGGAGACCUAUGGGGGGGCAAUGUGGCGCAGUGUGCUCUGGGGCCUGUCAUCUAUGACCCAGCCUCCUUUUAUGGCCACUCCGAAUAUGAGCUGGGUAUUGCAGGGAUGUUUGGUGGAUUCAACAGCUCUUUCUACUCUGCUUACCACGAAAAGAUUCCUCAAGCACCAGGCUUUGAAAAUAGAAACCAACUUUACCAACUCUUCCACUAUCUGAAUCACUGGAACCACUUUGGUGGGGGCUACAGGGGCUCUUCGAUAAGCAUCAUGAAGAAGCUACUGAAAUAAUUGUACUUGUACUCAUACCAAGUGUUAAGUAUGUAUUUCCAGAUCAUACUUUUACCAAAAGGAGUGUGGCUAAUUGCUGGAGAGACUAAACAUAACAGUAUAAUGUCUGUAAAAAAUACAGAAUAAACAUAUCAACCACCCCCCCUCCCGUCUGCUACAUCUAUACAAACAUGCUUCAUAUGGACUCUUUAAUUGUAUUUGUGUGUACUUGUGUGUAGGUUGUUGUAAACAAAACAUAAACCUUGAUAUCUGAAACCUUUUAAAAAGGAAGGGCUUACCAAACACCAAGACCUUAGCUCAGCACCAACUUUAAAGCUCUUGAUAUUUAUUUAAAUAAUUUCUUUGUGUUCAAAACACAUUUGCUUGUCUGUUUAGUUAGAAGGUAGUUUGAAGAACAAAUACCAAGACAUGUUGGUAUGCUGCAAAACCUUUUCUGAAUCCUUAACCUUUUCCUUUUUUGUAUGUUUUAAAGCAAAGGACAUCACAUUUUCCCAGUGAAUGCAAUACAUUAUGCUUUAUCUGUAACACUGCAUGUUCACCUACAAAAUGUUGCCGUAUUUAAAUUCCACUCCUUGGUCCACAAUACAUCCUGGGGGAAAUCAAAGUCUGGGACGUGCUGUAUUUGUUGUCUAUCAGGUAUGAGAUUGUUUGUUGAUUGAUGUUUUUUUCUUAAGUCUUACUUUAAAUGUAAAAAAUGUUUAGGAUUUUAAAUAAAAAUAGUUCAAUACAAAGAAAUCAUGUAUUUAAAAUGUAAUCAACUUGAAUAAAAGUAAACAAUUAUUG